CCCUUCCAUUUUGCAAAUGGAGGUAAUCAAGCAGCGCCCACAAUCUUUCCCCUCUUGAAAGCUGCCGUUGCGGCUGCUUCUGUGCCAUCUUAAUCUCGUCUUCAUCUCGCCGGUGCCGGAAGGAUCAUAGUCUCUAGAGUUCAGACAGUAUGGCUGCAUCGGAAGAGACUAGUUCACUUUUCCCGAUCUUCGUCCUGACUUUAAUGGCUCUGCCAUUAGUGCCUUUCACAAUUGUCAAGUUAAUUCGAGCUUUUACAAAAAAGUCUACCAGCAUCAACUGUCAAUGUUCAGUUUGUUAUCAGUCUGGGAAGUACAGGAGAUCCAUAUUUAAGAGGAUAUCAAACUUCUCAACUUAUAGCAAUUUGACAAUUGUACUGCUCUGGAUUGUAAUGGGUGUACUGGUGUACUACAUAAAAACUAUUAGCAGUGAGAUUGAAAUAUUUGAGCCAUUCAGUAUACUUGGGCUGGAAGCCGGAGCUUCCGACCUAGAAAUAAAGAAAGCAUAUAGGAGAUUAUCAAUUCAAUAUCAUCCUGAUAAGAAUCCGGAUCCAGAGGCACAUAUGUAUUUUGUGGAGUAUAUCUCAAAGGCAUACCAAGCUCUAACAGAUCCUAUAUCACGGGAAAACUUUGAGAAAUAUGGUCAUCCUGAUGGGAGGCAGGGGCUUCGAAUGGGCAUUGCCCUUCCUCAGUUCCUGUUAAAUAUCGAUGGAGCAUCUGGUGGGAUACUGUUGCUUGGAAUAGUAGGAGUGUGUAUCAUUUUACCUCUCACAAUUGCAGUCAUUUAUUUAUCAAGGUCGGCAAAAUAUACUGGAAACUAUGUUAUGCAUUCAACAUUAGCCGCGUAUUACCAUUUAAUGAAGCCAUCUUUAGCUCCAAGCAAGGUCAUGGAUGUCUUCAUCAAAGCUUCUGAAUACAUGGAAAUUCCUGUACGCCGGAUCGACGAGGAACCUCUUCAGAAAUUGUUUAUGUUAGUAAGGAGUGAGCUGAAUUUAGAUCUUAAAAACAUUCGUCAAGAGCAAGCUAAGUUUUGGAAGCAGCAUCCUGCAUUAGUGAAGACUGAAUUGUUGGUUCAAGCUCAGCUAACCCGUGAAACAUCAGCAUUAUCUCCAAAUCUGCAGCAUGAUUUUAGACAUGUUCUUGAGCUUGCUCCUCGUCUUCUUGAAGAAUUGAUGAAGAUGGCAAUUAUACCACGCGCUCCACUUGGGCAUGGAUGGCUGAGGCCAGCAAUUGGAGUGGUUGAAUUGUCUCAGAGUAUUAUUCAGGCUGUUCAACUUAGUUCAAGAAAAGCAACAGGUGGAUCUAGUGAAGGAUAUGGUCCUUUUCUUCAGCUACCACAUUUCAGUGAGGCUGUCAUAAAGAAGAUCGGCAGAAAGAAAGUGCGCACCUUUCAAGAUUUUGUAGACAUUAGUGCACAAGAGCGUAUGGACUUGUUGACUCAAGCUGCUGGGUUCUCUGAUGCUGAAUCCCAAGAUGUUGAGAUGGUUCUCGAGAUGAUACCUUCGAUAACAAUUGACAUCUCGUGCGAGACAGAAGGAGAAGAGGGGAUUCAAGAAGGUGACAUUGUAACCAUGCACGCCUGGGUCACUCUAAAGCGCCGUAAUGGUUUGAUCCGUGCACUGCCACACUCUCCUCAUUUCCCGUUUGACAAAGAGGAGAACUUUUGGUUGCUACUCGCUGACCCAUCUUCAAACGAUGUUUGGCUAUCACAGAAGCUAAGCUUCAUGGAUGAAGCCACCGCCGUGGCUGCCGCUUCAAAAGCAAUCCAAGAGUCAAAGGAGGGGUCUGGUGCUACUGCCAGGGAAAUAAACACCGCUGUCAAGGAAGCCAUUGAGAAAGUAAAAAAUGGGUCAAGGCUUGUGAUGGGGAAGUUCCAGGCCCCACCAGAGGGGAACUACAACUUGACCUCUUUCUGCUUAUGUGACUCUUGGAUCGGUUGUGAUGCAAAGACAAACUUGAAACUGAAGGUUUUGAAACGCAGCAGGGCUGGGACACGGGGGAUUGGUGGUGCCACGGCGGCGGAUGAGACCACUCCAUCUGCCAUUGAAGAAGGAAUUGAAGAAGAGGUGGAGGAUGACGAUGGAUAUGAUGACUAUGAAAGCGAGUACAGUGAAGAUGAAGAAGUGGUUAAAGACACAAAAAAGGAGAAGAUAAAAGUUGUGGCCAGUGAAACCACCACCACUCACAAGGACUCCCACUCAAGCUCCGAAGAUGAUUCAGAAACUGAAACAGAGUAACACCUCUUCUUUUGCCACACUCAUCUUUCCCCCUGUCUAUGGACACCGUCAUUUUGAUUUUGUGUGAAAGAAGGGACACGAAUCGUUUCUGUCACAAAACAAAGCCUUUUGUUGAGUUCAUAGUAUGGACGACUGGACGAGGAUGAUGAUAUGAGCUUGGAUUGGAGGGAGGCAUGAACUGAGGGUGCAAAGGCUUACAUAAUAGGACGGAGAGAACUAUACAGAGAAACAUUUGUUUGUUCAACUUUCGCCCCCCGAGUUCUCUUCUAAAAGUAGAGAUAAGAACUGUUGCCUUACACUUCUAUCAUCAUAUUACAUAGAUAGCGCAAUAUGCUUUGAAAAGCUAUUCUGAGAGGCUUUAGAAUAUGAAUUUUUUGAUUUCUGCAAAAAAAAAAAAAAACUUUGAAACGUUUUUACUUUGCAGUGUGAGUGGGGAAAACAGGGGCUGUACUUGGGACCUUGAUCCAGGCAAAAUGCUUGCUUUCUUGAUCUGUUUGUAGGGUCUGCAACGAUGUUAACAGAUCCUCUGUUGCCAAGACCUUGCAUGGGUCGGUUGAGUUUUCGCAUUCAAAGAAUCUGUUAUUUCUUUCUUUCGUGCAUGACGAUAUAAUGGGUGCUAUCUGAAAUUUAAGAAAAAGGUUAAUUAAUU